UAUGAGGACUUAAAACAAACGGCUGGAGAUGAUUAUACUGUAAUGAAAUGGGAUAGUAAACUAAUAAAAUUGAAAAGGCUAAAAAAUAUUAAUAAAUGUAAUGAUAAAGAUUUUAAGAGAUUAACGCUAGAGCUUAGCGUUAGCGAUAAGAAAUUUGAACAUCCAAAUGUGCUUAAAGUAUUUGGCCUUACAUUGGCAAACAUUGCAAUUUCUAAAGUUCAUACUCCUCAUAAUCUUCCUUUUACUCAAUAUACACCACCUGAAAUAUUAUUAAGAAGAGAUGUUUCUCAUAAUUUAAUGAAGCUAAAUAUCUACAUGUUUGAAAUAAUUAGGGAUGUUCGGGAGUCACCUAAAAAUGGAACCCCGCAAGAAUUCAUUAACCUAUAUCAGAAAUGCUGGGAUCAUAAUCCUGAUGUGCGGCCUCAUUGUUCGGAAAUUCUUGAAGAACUAAAAAAAAUUAUCCAGCAAAAAAAUGUUUAUAUGUAUGAAGACCAUGAAAUCGAAAAUACAACUAAAUCCCAAAAUAAUACUACCAAAUUCGAACUGCAUCUCAACUUUAAUGAUUGUGAAUUGGAUAUUGGGUAUAUAGAAAAACAAGCAAAAUUGCAAACCGAAUUUAUUAAUAAUUUUGGUUUAAAUAAAGGAAGAACUUUAGAUGGCUCUAAUAAUAUUGCUUUUGGGACGAAAACGUUACUUGGUGAUCAUGGUGAUUUAAGCGUAUCCAAAUUGAAUCAAGAACCAACCAUCAUUAUUCCAAGAGAAGAAGGGAAUAUUGCAGAAGAAGUUCCGCCAGAAUAUGAUAUCAUAAGGUUACAUUUUCCAACCGCAUCUGUAAAAUAUAAAGGCGAUGUGAAAGAUCAGUUUAUUAAAGAAAUUAGUGAUGCAUUAGAUUGCUCUGAUGAUAACGAAAAAAGCUUUAUAGCUUCUGAUGUCAUUAUCGGUGGGGCUAUAACGAUAAAAAAUUGGUCAAAAAAUAGCUAUGAAGACAAUUCACGUUUAAUGACAUAUAUCCAAUGGGGUAUAGAGUACGCAAGAAGUGGAAAGUCACCGGUUUUCAGUGAUGCGUUACUUACUGACUUUCCUCCAUUUGAAGCCUCAAAAAAGGACAUGAGAACUAUUGGAGAAUUGUAUGAAUGGUUAAACGAUAUAUAUAAUUACAAAUACGCUGAAAUUAUCUCAUAUGAAAAUCUUAGACAUUCCUAUAGAUUAUUAGAUGAAGAUUUAGUUAAACGCGUAUUCCAAUGUUUAAAUCAUCUACCCCAAGAUAGGCCAAUCAAGAGAAUCCCACAGAUACCGAAACAAUAUGAUCAACAAAAAUUUUCCGAAUGGAUAAGAAUACCACAGCCUCCAUUAUUGUUAUACGUGCGUGAUUGGAUAUAUGAACUGUCUCUGAGACAUGGUAUACUACUGAAACGCGCACAUUUAGGGCAUAGCGAGAAAUCUUGUCUCAAAUUUUCUAAAGACCCUACAAUCACGGAAAUGAAUAAUAUUACUGUUUCAUUAACACAACCCCCAACCCAACAAGAUGCAUAUUUGUUUAAUAACGGUAUCAUCAUAAAGGAAAGCGAUGAAUUGGAUUUAAAAAAUAUUCCUUUUUGUGAUGAUAUUUUAGAAUUUAAUUAUCCUUUAGAAAAUUUUCAACCUCCUAAAGAACCAUCUAAAACGGUCUAUUGUCAAAUUAUUGCCAAGAUGGCAAAAAUUUCUUUUGAGUUAGAAAAUAUUAAACCUUUAGAACAAGUUCCAGAGUUUGUUAAUAUUUCUCUCGAAAGUAAUGAACCAUACAAAAAUCUUUGUGAAUUAUUUAGUAAUAAUUAUGGGCAUUUAAUUCCAAGAACUUUAACUUUAGGAGGAAAAUUAUCAAUUGAAUUUAGAUCCUGUGAUAUUCCUGAAAACACUAUUGUUCCCCAAAUCCAUAGUGAUGAUAAAUUUGAUGCAAUAGAAAUUAGACAAAUUUUAGCAAGUUGGGAUCAUCAAUACAAACACUUUAAUACUAAAAUCUUUGCUGGUGAUGGAGAAAUUGUCAAUCGAGAUAACAUUGAUAAUUGGUGGAAAACACUCAAGUCUAAUCCUAGUAAAUGGAAGAUACUUUCUUAUGAGGAUUGGACUCCAAGUAAAGAUGUAAAAGAACUUUUAAAUGACAAAUUCCAUAUAGUUUUUAAAGGAGAGGAAUCACUACAGAGAAAUGAUCAAACUGUUGUAAAUAUUAAAUUUCCUGGCGCUAUUGACAAUAACUAUCAAAUAUAUGGAAGUGCCGCUAAAAGAAAUCAAGAAGGUAAUUGGGAAAAAAUUCAGGGAACUUAUACUAAUAAAUACCGAAAUAUUCAAAUUGCCUAUGGAAAACAAAAUAUUUAUAAUUCUCAGACGGAAAUAUCAUUAAAAUGUAAUGAUCUCUGUGAUGAUUAUAUUUUAGUAACCUCUUUCACUUCUCAAACACAAAGGGACACAUCAUUUCACACAAUUAAGCUUAGUAAAUGGACAACAUCAUCGAUUAACUUGGAGAUCAAAAAAGAAAUAAACGAUGAUAUAUUAGAACAAUCAAGUUAUAAACCUGAAGAAACAAAUGAUUUAGAAACUUCAGGUGAAGAUUCGGAUCAUGAUGCCAUAAAUCUGUCAGAUCAACCCCAGCAAGAGACGAUAAAGUUUCAAUGGUGUAUUGUUUACACAAGUGGAAAUGAACUGGCAGAUAAUGAAAUAGUGGAUAGCAACGAAAUAUUCCCAUGGAAUGUAUUUGGAAUCAUUCUUGAUCCUUUAUUAAAACAAGAUCAUGGGAUAACAUUUAUAGAACCAAAUUAUCCAUUAAUGACAUUUGAAGAAGCAACUAGACAACACCUUAUAAAAAAUGGCAACAUAAUAGAUGCGUGGAGGAUCUUUCUAUAUAGAGCAAAGAAAAAUGAUUAUGCUGCAAAAUAUUGGGUAGGAUUCUAUCUACAAAACGAUAUCCUUAAGAAUUCGGACUUUUACAACCGUGAAGAAGUUCUUGAAGGUCUUAGUAUUCAACAAGCAGCUAUGAAAUUUUAUAAAAGUGCCGCAGAUAAUGGUCAUCAUGAAGCACAAUUAAAAUACGGUUAUGGGCUUUUCAGUGGAAAGGGUGUCCACGAAGACAAACAAAUGGCGCUGGUAUAUUUUGAAAAAUCGGCAAAUAAUGGUAACGUAGUCGCGAUGUAUAAUUUAGGUGCCAUUUAUGUAAAUA